CACCGGAAGUGAACGUCACUGACACAGGAAUGGGUCAAAAUAACCAGAGCGGAAUGACAAACAAACAUUAAGAGAAAAAUGUCUUUCUGUGUUUUAUUUGUUCUGAAGUGAUGAAUUGUGUCUUCAGAGCUCGUUUCAAGGCAUCGCAGAGGGCUUCGUGUUGCUAAAUGGAGUCUGAGCAGUUGUUCAACAGAGGCUACUGCAGGAACAGCUACAACAGCAUCACCAGUGCCAGCAGUGACGAAGAGCUCCUCGAUGGUGCCGGCAUCAUCAUGGACUUCCACACCACCGAGGAUGACAACCUGCUUGAAGGGGAUGCAUCGCCAGGGUCGAACUACGCCAUGUCUAAUGGUGGGGGUGGAGGAGGGGCCAGUAGCUCCACCCACUUGCUGGAUCUGCUGGAGGAGCCCAUUCCAGGCGUGGGCACCUACGAUGACUUCCACACCAUCGACUGGGUCAGGGAGAAGUGUAAAGACAGAGAACGACACCGCAAGAUAAACAGUAAAAAGAAGGAAUCGGGAUGGGAAUUCACCAAGAGUCUGUACGACGCCUGGUCAGGGUGGCUGGUGGUUACACUAACAGGACUCGCAUCAGGAGCAUUAGCAGGUGUGAUCGACAUCGCUGCAGACUGGAUGAACGACCUAAAGGAGGGGGUGUGUCUCAGUGCCAUGUGGUUUAAUCAUGAGCAGUGCUGCUGGGGCUCCAACGAGACAACCUUUGCUGAGAGAGACAAGUGCCCUCAGUGGAAGUCAUGGGCUGAACUCAUCCUGGGCCAGGCAGAGGGUCCUGGUUCCUAUAUAAUGAACUACUUCAUGUUCACGUUCUGGGCGCUGUCCUUUGCUUUUCUGGCUGUGUCUCUUGUGAAAGUGUUUGCCCCCUAUGCCUGCGGGUCAGGAAUACCUGAGAUUAAAACCAUCCUGAGUGGUUUUAUCAUUCGAGGGUACCUGGGGAAAUGGACCCUGAUGAUAAAGACCAUUACUCUGGUACUGGCUGUAGCGUCAGGUCUCAGUCUUGGGAAAGAAGGUCCACUGGUCCAUGUGGCCUGUUGCUGUGGCAACAUUUUUUCCUACCUCUUCCCCAAAUACAGCAAAAAUGAGGCAAAGAAACGUGAGGUUUUGUCUGCGGCGUCAGCUGCGGGGGUGUCUGUUGCUUUUGGAGCUCCUAUAGGAGGAGUCCUUUUCAGUCUGGAGGAGGUCAGUUACUACUUCCCACUGAAGACCCUUUGGCGUUCAUUCUUUGCUGCACUGGUAGCAGCGUUUGUGCUGCGCUCCAUAAACCCUUUUGGGAACAGUCGGCUGGUGCUGUUCUAUGUGGAGUAUCACACGCCCUGGUACCUGUUCGAGCUCUUUCCCUUCAUCCUGCUGGGGGUUUUCGGUGGCCUGUGGGGGGCCUUCUUCAUCCGGACCAACAUUGCAUGGUGUCGUCGCCGUAAAUCCACGCGCUUCGGUAAGUACCCGGUGUUGGAGGUGAUCACAGUGGCGGCCAUAACAGCAAUCAUAGCGUUCCCGAACCCAUACACACGUCAGAAUACCAGUGAACUGAUUAAAGAGCUGUUUACCGACUGCGGCCCGCUGGAGUCAUCGCAGCUCUGCCAGUACCGCAGUCAGAUGAACGGUAGUCAGGCGUACCCUCAGGGCUCGGACGCCGCCGCCAUGCCGGGCGUGUACUCUGCAAUGUGGCAGCUCAGCCUGGCACUCAUCUUCAAAAUCAUCAUGACCAUCUUUACCUUUGGUGUGAAGGUACCGUCGGGUCUGUUCAUUCCCAGUAUGGCCAUCGGUGCGAUCGCUGGGCGGAUCGUGGGCAUUGCUGUAGAACAGCUGGCAUAUUAUCACCACGACUGGUUCCUGUUCAGAGAGUGGUGUGAGGUGGGCGCUGACUGCAUCACACCUGGACUUUACGCCAUGGUGGGUGCUGCAGCCUGCCUGGGUGGUGUGACCCGUAUGACGGUGUCUCUAGUAGUCAUCGUGUUUGAACUGACUGGCGGGUUGGAAUACAUUGUUCCUCUAAUGGCGGCCGUGAUGACCAGUAAAUGGGUGGGCGAUGCAUUUGGUCGAGAGGGAAUCUAUGAGGCCCACAUUCGUCUGAACGGAUACCCCUUCCUUGACGCUAAAGAAGAGUUCACGCACACCACACUGGCACGGGAGGUUAUGCGUCCACGUCGCAGCGAUUCACCAUUGGCCGUGCUCACGCAGGACGACAUGACACUCGCCGAGCUGCAGGCCAUAAUCUCAGAAACAAGUUACAAUGGCUUCCCCGUCAUUGUCUCCAAAGAGUCGCAAAGGCUGGUGGGCUUUGCACUGCGUAGGGAUAUUACGAUUGCUAUAGAAAAUGCCCGCCGUAAGCAGGAGGGAAUAAUGCUGAGCUCACGGGUCUAUUUUACACAGCAUGCCCCAACCCUCCCCGCGGACAGCCCGCGACCGAUGAAACUCCGCAGCAUCCUGGACAUGAGCCCCUUCACGGUCACAGACCACACGCCCAUGGAGAUCGUGGUGGACAUUUUCCGCAAGCUCGGCCUGCGCCAGUGCCUCGUGACGCACAACGGGAUUGUAUUGGGCAUCAUCACAAAGAAGAAUAUUUUAGAACAUCUGGAAGAGCUCAAGCAGCACGUGGAGCCUUUGGCGCCUCCUUGGUGUUAUUACAAAAAAAGAUAUCCUCCGCCAUAUGGCCCAGAUGGCAAACCAAGACCCCGAGUCCAUAAUGUUCAAUUAGCGCCCUCUUCCUGCAAUGAGGUAGAAGAGAGAGAAGAGGAGGUCUGUUUACUGGACAAUUCAUCCCUCUGACCACACGCCCAUUUGCUACCCUAAACCGCACCCUAAAUACUAAGUCAAAUGGGACCCCACCCUGGUCACAUCUUCUGGGUACAUGCACAAGAUUCCAGAAGGAGUCUUUCGAGGAACAGCCUUGGAGUUUGGUCUUGGACGCCUAGCUUGGAGCGACUUUUGCCACAUGCUAACAUACUAAAGCUAACUCACACACGCAUGAAUACACCCUCCUUAUUUGACCCCUUUUUGCCUCCUGCCUGAUAAAAAUUGUCUUAAAGAGGUGAAAGGUCAAGAUGAACCGCUCAAAUGCGAGGAGGGACCUUCACUACAGAGGGUGGACUGCAGACCGCCUUGACCCUUCCCACUGUCACUGCCCCUUCACAUCCAGAAACUGAUUCUAUAACAUUGUUUACCUGUGUUGUGUGUGUUUUGUGAGGGAGCAAGGUUGUUUGUAAACGGACCCCAACAUUCCAGUCGGUAUAUAGUGCUUUGUGAAGCCGAAUAAAAGCUCAAAGUCCUCUACGUACAUACAGAAAUGUUGGCUGUGUAUGCAAUAUUUCUGAAGUAUUUAAAAUGACAAGAUGAUCAAAUGUAAAAUUAGGUUUUAUACUACCAAGGAAAAGGAUGUUGGAGGAGAACAGGGUGAAAAUGGUCUUCAUUAAUUGUCUUCAACCUAUGACGGCCAGUUUUUAAACUGCCAUGGGAUUGUAGGUAAAAAGCCAACUGAGUUUCUUUGAUAGACUAAAGCACUUCUGUGCUUUUUGUUACUAGGAAUGAAAUGCACAAAAGAAAAGAUGCUUUUCUUUUAUAGCUGCUAUCCAGGCUAUUAUAUUUAGAUGUAUUGUAAUUUACAACACAACGACAAACUUUUUUUAACUUUCAGUUUGCAAACAAACAUAAUGUCGGAAUUGGUGAGAUUGUUGGCUCCAGUACAGUUAGAAAACACACUUCUCUGUAUGCUAACACUUUAUAAUAGUUUUAUUUUUCUUUCUCCUACUGUGAGUGUCCUGUGUGAGGUUACAACUUUUUACUGUUAAUCAUCAUCUGGCUAAUCAAACAUUCAAAAGCCCCAAAAUUAAUCAAUAACAUCCCAAGUUGGUUAUUAGGAUUUAAAUCAAUCUAAGUACAGGUUAAUAUAAAACUACAUGUAAACCAACUCAGUCUUAUUUGGAGAUUCAGAAACACCAUUAGGGGGGCAAAGGUUGAGACUUGCUACUUGGGCGCAAAUGCAGCGUUUCUGGAUGACGAGGAAAUGUGACCUUGGAAGAUUAUAGGAAUGGAUGUUUGUGGAUGGUUGUAAGGGUACAGACCAUAUUUAAUAAGCCGUGAACGAAAACGAGGCUGUGGGGGAUACAAGUAUAGUCAAUUCAGUGGGCCGUACUGUUGUGUUAAUAUCAACCAAUGUCAUAGAUUGCGAAAAUUAAACAUGACCUACAGUAAGACCUAUUGAAUGGACUGCAAGUGUAUACUUCACAGUCUCAUUUUCAUUAAAUGUGCCAUCUAUCCUGACAAAGUUUUUUGCGGGGAUACAUGCCACAUUUUUACACAAAUUUGACACGUGUCGUGGUAACUUCCUAAAACUCGAUCUGUAUGUUAAAUUGCAUUUUCUGACCUACCAGCAUCUCUGUACGUUUUGUUUUCCUGGGCAAUAUUGAGUUGCACAUGAGCAUGUUGCUGUUGUUUUUUUCUAAAACAAGGGCGAAGUGUCAUCUUUUAACAGAUCAGUGAAGUUUUGUCCUUUUGUUUCAGUGGUGACUGGCAUUACAAACUUCCUCGCUGAUUUAUGGCAAACAAGCAGGUGUUGGCAGGGCCUCUGUGUUCUCAUUAGCAGUUGAUGUUCCUCUGUUAAUCAAUGAAGAAAAUCUUGUUAAAUAUUGAUCUUUUUUUUUUUAUUUAUACUAGUGAUAGAGUUGUACAAUAUGGAGAAUUUUAUGUAUGUUUGAUUGUACAUUAAAAACAAUUAUGUAAAGAUUAAA